CGCGGAGAACAGGCUGCCGCUUCACCAUGUUCACCGCAGCCGAUCUACUCAAUGGCGAGACGGCUGUGUUGAUCUUGAAUCACACUGAAUGGAGAGCAUUGAAGUUCUUUUAAGAUGACACGAACGCAUCCCCCUGAUAUACUGGCAUCAACUCUAUAUCGGGACUUUACUCUAAAUCCCAUCAGCGACCACUCCAUUUCUCUCCACUCCUCCCGACAAUGUGACUUGAAAAUGAUAGACAAACCAGAAAUCAUCAACAAAAGACACUGCCGUAGCUUUGACUUCAUUGAGUCACUCGAUGACCCACAGUCCCUCUCUUCCUCAAUGGAGUACCCUUACAAGAAGGCUGAGCAUCAGACAUUAAACAAAGAUCUAAUGUGGAAUGGACUAGAUCAACCAGGGCACCUUCGCUUUUCCUCUCCCGAUCUGUUCAACACCAGACAGUUCCAGCAGCACACCACCCAGGAUAAAACCAGCCAUCUUGCAUGGUCAGACUCUAAAAAGAGAACAAGAUCUAGAAGCGCUCCAAGAAUUAAGUCCACCCUCACUCCUGUGCCCAUCUCAGUGUCCCCUCCAGGAGCCAGGAAGGGGAGGGAUGUGCCUCAGGCUGCGUCAGAUACCUUCAGGACUUCUGAAACACAUAGAGAAUCCUACUCCUCAAACAAGGCUUUUUUGAAUGAAGUGCAUCCUAUCAAACUGCAGCCUCAGUCUCCCCUCUAUGUCUCAGACUGUUUUGAGGAGGGUAAACCAGAUAAACCAGCCAUAACCCCUCAUGUCAGGUGCCGUGUUGACAUUAAACCAGAUGCUGCUGUACUGCAGCACACAUCGAGGCAGGUUCCCAAUGUACGAACUGAGCCUCUUUGGCAGCGAUACUCCCAGGCUGGUAGCAGUAGGGGUUUGUAUGUACCUCGACAUAUUAUGUCCUCACCAACGCCUACUCCGAGUGAAUGCUACAGUGGAGAUUUUAGAGAAGGAUACAACUAUACCACCAACAUGUCUCCAAUUUCAUACCAGCAUCUAGACAUGCACAGAAUGCCAUCACCAACAGCACCAUAUCUGAGUCAAGAACAAAGAGCUUACUCAAAUCCUAACAUACCAACCAAGUUUUUCUAUACAGAGGACCCAGUUCGGUAUCAAGUCCAUCCCUAUUCUAGAGCAUACGUUCAGGAUGACCGGUCCAGUCUAACCAGCCAUGGUAGUACGAUGACUAGUCAGUAUGAUCCAAGGAAUCGAUGGGUACACACCCUUCCUGUCAGGUCGUAUUACACAGAAAACUUUUCCAACAGAGAGCCAGCACAUUCUGUAUAUAGUCGGCCUUGCUCCACCAGUGAGGCAGGAUCAUACUUUUCUCAAACUCCACUGUCUAGAUCUUACUAUGGAGAGGAUAACCGGUCUAAUCCAUACUAUAUGAGUAACUCAAGGUUGUUUUAUUCCAAACCAUGCUCUCCUGAGGAGCAGUACUUUCCAUCAAGGCCAUACCAUACGGAGGGUCGUCGACGCCCUCGUAUGUCGCAGGCCUUUUCAGAUGACUGGUAUCGCUCAAGUAUAUCUGGUUACUCCAACCAGUCCUCUCAGCACACACCACCAAGAGUAAGGCAAGACCCCAGUACACCCCCGUGGUUUAGUAACAGCUGUGUGGAGACAAGUAGAUUAGGAGCAGAGGUCAGAAACCACUCCAAGUCUUGGGACAAUAUUCUAUAUCCCCGGCACGAAAGAGAGCAAUCAGUGCCUCGUGGUCGAAGCUAUGAGAACCUGUUUCACCAAGCAAAGCAUGCAGCACCCUCUGACAUACAGAGUCAACCUGUUAUACUUAACCUCUCAAGUUCACCAAGACGCUAUGCUGCCCUUUCACUCUCUGAAAGCUCGUUAGAGAGGGGCUCAAGCAAUCCGUGGAGGAAUACCAGGAGUGGGCACUGGUAUGUAACUCCUGAGAUCACCAUAACAGAUAAUGACAUAUGUGCAGGCAACAGUAAGCGGCGUGAUGUGCACUCUGUCAGCUGGGAUAUGUCGGACGGUGAAAAGAUACCAUCUUCGAGAGCAAUGCAUCACAAGCAGCCACAAAAUACACAGGACAUAACCAAAGAGAGGAAACACAACAACUUCUCCCUCCAGCAGAGUCUAGAGCAACUUGACGAACUCUUAGCUGAUUUGGUCGUUGAUUACAAACCACCAACUAGCAGAAAGUCAAGCGAGGACCUUUUAGACCAGCUGAAGCAACUCAUUACUGCAGAUGACGACAAAGACAGAGGAUCUUCCGGACUGGAAAACUUAGGAUGCCUGAACACACAACUCCCCUCAUCUAAAUCCAGCCCUGACACAAUCAAAGACCCUGAUAGUGGGUGUGAUGCUUUACAAAGGAGUGCAGAAGAAUGUUCUCCAGACCACAGCACAGAUGAGGAUGACACUAUGGUGUGCGCUAACAAGAAGUGCAACCGCAUUGAGAGUAUGUUCAACGCCUGCUUGUACUUUAAGUCAUGUCACAGUUGCUACACAUUUUACUGCUCACGAAACUGUCGCAGGGAUGACUGGGAGAUCCAUAAAGAGACCUGUCUUUACAGCCGUGUGAACAGUGUGUGCCGACACACUCUGAAGUUUUGCAGAGAGAAUACAGGGAUCCACAAAGCCUUCUCCCGCGUUGCUAAAGCUGGCUAUCUUUCCCGAGGGAGAGGCGUUCUCUUUCUGGGUUUUGCUAAUCCGGAGACAGUUGACAACUUCCUCCGAAUUGGACUCGAGAGCCUCCUCAUGUCUCCCACAUACCUGUCUCUCAGAGAGCUGGAUGGAUUCAAGGACAACCUUGGCGAAUACUGCAAGGACCUGCAGCAGGCAGGUAACGAGUAUGACCCCAAUGAAUGUUUUCUUCUAAAUGUAUCCGUAGCUGUUGGUGAACUAGUGCCUAACAGACCUUCACCAAGAGUCCCAGCACCAACAGUUCGAAAAUAUGCAAAGGUGUCCUUGGCCUCCUCAAGCCCUGACAAAAAGGUACUCAGGAAGGAUAGUGAAAUGGAAACUCUCAUUCUCACUCCGCCUCCUGGCACACCGGACAUUGACAAGGAGGGAGAGGAGGGCAGGAAAGCCAGAGAGGUGUGCUUUGUCAAUAUCCAGCGUAAGCUCAGGACCAGGGGAGUCUUCCUUCGUCAUGAGUACCCCAACAUCUAUAAUCAGCUGUGUGAGUUUGUGGAGAGCAACAACAGGUUCACUCCAACUACAAUUUACCCAAUAGAUAGGAGAACAGGGAAACAGUUCAUGUGCAUGAUCAUGGCUGCGUCCGAGCCAAGAACACUGGACUGGGUUGGUACCCCUCAUCUCUUGGAUGAUAUUAUAUAA